AUGUGCCUGGUUGAGUGUGACUUAAGAUGGGGUAUCCCUCAAGACACCCCUUCGGGUCAGAUAUUCUCCACUUGCCUAGAAGAGCUGGACAGAUGCCACCAGGACACAUUGGGAAAGCCUUUUAUGGUUAUACUACUUGGAGAACGUGCUGGUUGGAUACCAGAUGUUGCUGAGGUUCCUCAGGAAAUUGUGGAGAAGUAUCCAUGGGUCCAUGGCAUGUCUGUAACUGGAACGGAGAUACUGCAUGGGGCGUACAUGAACAGCAAUCCCAAUGCUGCUUUCUGUCUUCGGAGUCCUUCCUUUCUGGCCCAGCUUCCCUCACAUGACCUGCCUCGAUAUCAGCAGAAGGGUUGGAGUGCACUAAUGUUGCAGUCCCUAAAGGAACAAGUGUGGAAGCGCUUUCCCAAAGAGCAAAUUCUGACAUAUGAUUGUCAAUUGCUGGGCACAGACAGCUCUACUGGAGUUGAUAGGGUGAAGCUGGGGUUUUCUGAUGAAUUCUGCACUUGGAUUCUAAAGUUCCUACAGACAAGGAUCCUCCAGACAUUCCAAGAGGAAUCUGAGAUGUUGCAGGCAGAGGAGCCCUCUUGGGAGCAAACAGAAAAAGCUCAGCAUCAACUGUUCCUGUGGCAAAAAAAUCAAGUGUUCCUAGGCCGUGAGCUGGAGGUGCAAAGAAUACUUGAGUUCCUGCAUGUGGAUCCAGCUGACCUUAAGCAACAAUCCAAUAAACCAGAACAUAAAUGGACAGAAGAAGGAGCAAUCAAUCCAGGGAUUCCUUUGUACGAGGUCAUAGGAGAACCUGGCUUGGGCAAAUCGUCUCUGAUUGCUGCCUGCAUAAACAAAGCAAUAGAGCUCCCUUGCAGCACAGUAUUUUACCAUUUUGUUGGCUGUUGCCCUUCGUCAGUCCAGCUUUCAAAUAUUGUGAUGCGUUUGUGCUGUCACCUUAUGCCAGCUGCACAAGAACUAGAUGAUAUUCUCCUAAAGCUGAAAAACCAUUCGGGGAAUGAGGAAAUGAAAGAUAUUCUGCAAAAGGUUUUGGCAGCAGCUCCUAUCUCCAAAGACAUGGUUCUAUAUAUAUUUAUUGAUGGUAUAAACCAGCUCUCAGUACCAUCUGAUGUAUCAGAACUUUUGUCCUGGCUGAGUACAGAGGGGUUCUUAUCCCCUUUCUGCAGGUGUGUUAUCAGCAGGACCCCAAGAUCAGUCUCCAUUCAAUCUGCUUACAACUUACACCUGGAGCCUCUUCCCCUAGAGUCUGCACAACGCCUGGCAGUCACAUACCUUUCUCGUUAUAACAAGGCUGUUCUUCCUCUGUGCAGACCCUGAGCUCUGAGCAGAUCCACCUCCUUAUGCAGAAGACUACCUCCCAAAAUCCUCUGUGGCUUUCUAUGUCCUGU